AUGUCAAAAAACGCAUACGAUAGACACAAACAAUGGAAAUAUGAACAAGAGAAGAUAUACAGGAGGGAUUUUAACCUGGAAGCUGAAAGAGAUAAGGGAGUCACAGAAUUUGAUCUUAUAAAGCAGAAUCACAAAUUCCUUAAAGAUGAAGACCUAUACGAUAGUGAUGAGGAAGUUAAGGAGACUACAGAAGAAGUCACAGACCCGUAUGCGCAGAAGCUAUCUGAUAAAUACUACGACUCAUUGUAUAAAGAAUUCGCCAUAGCUGAUCUCAAGCAUUACAAAACACAAAUAAGCCUUCGCUGGCGGACGAAACAGGAGGUUGUGGAUGGUGUCGGAGAGACAAGCUGCGCUAAUAUACGUUGCAUGACACGAGAAUCAAAAUUGAUACCUUUCGAAUUACCAUUUAACUACAAAGAAAAUGAUAUAGCAAAGAACGCAGAAGUUAAGGUCGUUUUAUGUAGGCAUUGUUCAAAAAAGUUGUCAUACAAGCAAGACAAAGACAAAGAAGAAAAUCUCAUACGAUCCAGACGAGAACAUAAUAGAAGCCGAUCACCAGAAAGUCGUAAAAAACGACCUAGUUAG